AUGGUGCUGGAGCUGGGUGCCCACGGCCCCGGGGCGGGAAAGCCACCAUCUCUGAUGGGAGACAGUGUGCCCCCUGCUACCUCACCACCCCCCUCGCCUGGGGAUGCUCUGCAGCGGGACCGACCCGUCCCUCCAGCCGUCACCCCCUCCGGACAGCCCAUCUCGCCCAUCCCUCCAGCAGUCACCCCUUCUGAAAAGACCGUCUUGCCCGUCCCUGCAGCCGUGACCCCCUCGAGGCAGCCCAUCUGCCCCGAGCCCCCAGCAAUGAUGCCUCCCUCCGAGAGCAGCACCCCACAGCGUGACCGACCUGUCCCUCCCACCAUGACGCCAUCAGGACAGCCCGUCUCCCCCAUCCCUACAGCCGUGGCUCCCUCGACAGAGAGCGACCCCCCAUGGUGUGACAGGUCUCCCCCCGGGCCCCUCCGGCCUCCUGUGAUGGAGCACCCCAAAGAAGAGGCAUCUCCCCACGCUGCCGGCCAGCCGGUCCCCAUCCCUGCUGCUGCUGCCCCUUGCCCGGCAGAGAUGCUGCCCCAUGGGAGCGAUCCCUUGGCCCCGGCUACCAGCGAAGGGGCCCUCUCUGAUGCCAAGAGCCCCCUGGGCGGCGCAGCUGGGCCCUCAAAGGAUGUGCCCCCCCAGAGUGACCGCACCACCCCGGCCACAGCCUCACCGGCUCCUGCUGCCAGCCCCAGGCCCAAGCAAGAUGCCCAGAAAGCCCAGGCGAGGCACAAGCAGGCGAAGGAGCGGCGCGAGGAGCGGGCCAAGUACCUGGCUGCCAAGCGGGUUCUGUGGCUGGAGAAGGAGGAAAAGGCCAGGCUGCUGCGGGAGAAGCAGCUGGAAGAGCGCCGCAAGCGCCUGGAGGAGCAGCGGCUGAAGGCGGAGAAGCGCCGCGCCGUCCUGGAGGAGCGGCAGAGGCAGAAGCUGGAGAAGAACAAGGAACGCUACGAGGCAGCGAUCCAGCGGUCGGUCAAGAAGACGUGGGCAGAGAUCCGGCAGCAGCGGUGGUCCUGGGCUGGGGCCCUGCACCACGGCUCCCCUGCGCACAAGGAUGGUGCGAGCCGCUGCUCGGUGUCCGCUGUAAACCUCCCCAAACACGUCGACUCUAUAAUCAACAAGCGGCUCUCCAAAUCCUCUGCCACCCUCUGGAACUCUCCCAGUAGAAACCGGAGCUUGCAGCUGAGCCCGUGGGAGAGCAGCAUCGUGGACCGGCUGAUGACGCCCACCCUGUCCUUCCUCGCGCGCAGCCGGAGCGCGGUGACGCUGGCUGGGAACGGCAAGGAGCAGGUGCCUGUGUGCCCCCGCUCAGCCUCUGCCAGCCCCCUCAGCCCCUGCCACAACCACCGCCUGCAGCACCGCUGCUGGGAGAGGCGGAAGGGGACCACCGGCAGCCCCGACGUGACACCGCGCCGCAGAACCGAGUCCUCACCCAAGAAGAAGGAGAAGAAGGAAAAGGAGCGGGAGAACGCCAAGGAGCGCAGCGCCCUGUCCCGUGAGCGCAGCCUCAAGAAGCGUCAGUCUCUGCCAGCGGCACAGCCCCGGCUCCUGCCCGCAGCAGACAGCAGGCGGCUGCAGGAGGAGCGGGCGCAGCAGGAGGCGGAGGAGCAGACCCGCAGGGAGGCCCUGGCACGACAGCGGGAGGAGGAACGGCGGCUGCAGGAGGAGCGCGAGGCCCAGGAGAGGGCACGGGCAGAGCGGGAGGAGACGGAGCGUCUGCAGAGACAGAGGGAAGAGGCCGAGGCGAGGGCGCGUGAAGAAGCUGAGCGGCAGCGCCUGGAGCGGGAGAAGCACUUCCAGCGUGAGGAGCAGGAGCGGCUGGAGAGGAAGAAGCGCCUGGAGGAGAUAAUGAAGAGGACGCGCAAGUCAGAUGCAGCGGAUGCCAAGAAGGAGGACAAGAAGGUGGUGAAUGGGAAAGCGGCCGAGCAGGAGGAUGUCCCAGGCCGUGAGAAGCGCGCGGGGCCGAUGCCGAAGAAGGAGGAACUCCCCGAGACAGAGACACCAAAUGCAGGGAUGCCGGGGGGGCCGACGGACCUGGCAGGCGAGGGGCUGCAGCCGAGCUCCCCUGCGAAGGAGGUGGCGUCCCUGGUGUCCCUGGUGAACGGCGUGCAGCCCGGCAAGCACGAGAACGGCUUCUCGGGCACGGAGGGGUCGCAGGAGCUGCUGGAGCUCUCCCACCACAGCAGCAGCCCCGGCAGCAUCAUCCCCUUCGGCGACAAGGAGCCCUUCCUCAAGCAGGCCGUGGUCAAGCCCCCCCAGGUGACAGAGGUGCUGUGA